CCUGCAGCAGAUGCUGCGGGCGAUAGCGGAGGGGCGGAGCCGCGCCGGCCUCCGCCAGGAGAUCAGCGGCCUCGGGUGUUUCAAAGAUGACCGUAUUGUAUUCUGGACGUGGAUGUUUUCAACGUACUUUAUGGAGAAAUGGGCCCCCCGGCAAGAUGAUAUGCUCUUCUAUGUCCGCCGGAAACUGUCCUAUGUCAGUGGUGAUAGUACAGAGGGGAAAAAGCAGGUUGAAGUUGAAGUUUACCGGAGAGAUUCUAAGAAGCUUCCUGGCCUGGGAGACCCCGACAUUGACUGGGAAGAGAGUGUCUACUUGAACCUCAUCUUACAGAAGCUGGAUUAUGUGGUGACAUGUGCUGUGUGCACGCGCUCUGAUGGAGGAGAUAUUCACAUUCACAAAAAGAAAUCUCAGCAAGUGUUUGCAUCUCCUAGCAAACACCCCAUGGACAGCAAAGGAGAGGAGUCAAAGAUCAGCUACCCCAACAUAUUCUUCAUGAUUGACAGUUUUGAAGAGGUUUUCAGUGACAUGACUGUGGGAGAAGGAGAAAUGGUCUGUGUGGAGCUGGUGGCCAGUGACAAAAGCAACACCUUCCAAGGGGUGAUUUUUCAGGGGUCCAUCCGCUAUGAAGCGCUCAAGAAGGUCUAUGACAACAGGGUGAGUGUUGCAGCUAAGAUGGCUCAAAGAAUGUCUUUUGGCUUUUAUAAAUAUAACAACAUGGAGUUCGUCCGAAUGAAAGGGCCACAAGGGAAAGGACACGCGGAGAUGGCAGUGAGUAGAGUUUCUACUGGUGACACUUCACCAUAUGGGACAGAAGAAGAUUCAAAUCCAGACUCCCCAGUGCAUGAGAGAGUAAGUAGCAGACAGAAAUACUGGUGUGAAAGUACAAUCCCUUUAAGCUUGCUGUCUUCUACCUUUACAGAUCUGCACAACACGACAAAUCUGAGGUCACGGUCCUUAUCUGGAACAGGACGCUCUCUGGUGGGCUCAUGGCUGAAGCUGAACAGAACAGAUGAAAACUUUCUACUCUAUGCACACUUAACUUACAUCACUUUGCCAUUGCAUCGAAUUUUAACAGAUAUCCUGGAAGUGCGGCAGAAACCAAUUCUGAUGACAUAGCAGAGAGCGGGCACUGCCUUGGAGCCUUGUUGCCAAGUGCCUAACCACAGCGGUUUUCUGUGCUAACACUACCAUCUAGUGUCAGGAACAUAAACCUCCGCAGGAAAAAGGGAAGUCCAAGAAUACCAGCCGAUCAAAAGUGCCUCUUUCUUCCUUCCUCUGCUGUCAUACACCGUAUGCCCACUUGCAGUACAUCACUUGAGUGUUUCUGACUGGAAGAGGACUUUCAGCAAGAUAAAACGAGAAGGGGCUGUGUUUAAAACGAGUCAACACUUCAUGGACAGUUUGUUACUGUGUUUACUUUAUAACUAAGAAACCAACAAUAUGUACAGGAUGUGUUUAAACUUUAUAUUCUUUGAGAGAAACCACCAGAGAAUUUCGUAAUGAUGUAGUAACGAACGUCGUCCCACAGACUCUCACCCGUACACUCUCCGUGUCAGUUUGGCUUAACGUGUGUGUGUGAGCGUGUGUGCGUGCGUGUGGGGGUUGAGGGGACGAGAGAAGAAUUUCCUAGUGAGGGAGGAAAAGGGAGAAGAUGCUACAAAGAUACGUCGCCGUUUUGGUACAUGCAGCGGGUCAGGUCAGAGCUUAAAAGAGGCUGAAAAUGUUCCCAUUUGUUCGUUUGUCAGUGUUAGGACAGGUGAACUCUGCUGACAGAUUUCCGUAUCUACCAAAGAACAGCAACAUUUUCAUCCUCAAGAACUGGCUGAGAAAAUGAGCCAGUGAAAAGAAGGCUAAAAUGUGCUGCUAUAGUAAAGCCAAGGUUCAUAUCCAGAACUAAUGCUGCUUAUCUCUCUGUUCGCCGAGUCGAUACAAGUUUGAGUCUAAAGUGGAAAAACAGGAGGCUGUACUCAGUCUCCAAACCCUAAAAACCUUACCGAUACCCAACAUCCUCCUGCAUGCACUGGAAUUCAGAGGACGUAGGGUUGUCCUUGUGGUAGCGUUUGUAGCCAAGGAGGCCAUGAGAGCUGAUUCGUGGGGGGGCAGCUUGCCCGGAUUCUUCAUCUCCUAGUGGUGUUUCGCUGCACUCUUACAUGCCGAAGCACAGAGUUUUCUUGAAAGACAAACGAUUGAAAUAUAAUUCUGCUCUGAAAAGUGACUAAAAAUUGCAUGGGGGUGGGGGUGUGUCUGAAAAUGGUGUGUCAGGAGCUCUCAGGAAAAAAGCUUUAUGUUUACAGCCAAAACGCAGCUUUCUCUAAAUAGCAAAACUCUGCUGCCCUUGCCCUUGAAAGCUAAAGGGUUGAAUACUGACACUACUGCAGUCCGGUUUGCUUUUUUGGUGUGGGAGCCCGUCAGUACUUCAGUUUGUUUGUGACAGCAUAAGUAGCACAGCAAUGGGCAGGGAAGCGUGUCGCUUAGAGCAUGUGAGACUCCGUUACAUGCACAACGGGAGAGCAAAGAUGCCAUUUUUGUCACUUUUCAGACUCUGAGCACCUCAGCGCCGUUGCCACCGUUACCAAACGGCACGUGCUCUGAGCCUGGACCUUUGUCUCCCUUAGACCCAGCUUUUCCCAAAGCGCUUUGUUGUUAUUCUCUCAACAGCAUCUGAUGACUUAACCUCUCAAAUAGGACUUUCUGACUAUUUUUUUUUUUUCCUCAGGCCAGGUUCCAUGAGAAUAGCUUCACCUCAGCAUAAAGGUAGACUAACUUUAUCAUUGAGCCAACAUGAUGAAUCCAGCAUGGUAAGGAGGUCUUUUUUUUUUUUUUUUUUUUUUUUUUUUUUUUUUUUUUUUUGCAGUAGUCACCUUAGCACGGAGAGCGAUGGCAUUUCUCACACAAGCGACAGGGAUGGCUGACCAGUUUUUAGUUUGCUUCAGACGUGUCACAGCAGCUUUAGGAAAACAUUCCCUUUGUCAUUACCAGCACAGCAGCUUUUUCACGUUGCAGCCUUUGAACGUUGCUCCACAGGAGCCUGUGGUUGUGGACGUGAGGGUGUUCAUGCAGUCUGACCUGAGGUGUAUGAGUUGGGUGCCUAGGCUUCCUCCCUGAGCCAGGGGGAGAGCUGGAGUCCUAAACCAGCAGCUGAAGUGCCCUCUCAGAGAACUUGCCAGGCAGCCUGGGUGCUUACCCUAGAUCCCCAGGCAGUGUCCCUGGUGCCAGUCAUCACAAAUAUUCUCCCUGCGCCCGUGCUGAGAGCUGAACCACUCUGCAGCCAGAAGACCAGUCCUAUUCUGAACCCUCUCAAGAUGCACCUAAUUCUGCAUUUUUACUGCUGGGCUGGGCAAAUCACUGCUUGGUUUUCCUUUAAAUAUUCACUAGGAAGGGAAGGGAGAGAGGAUUAAUAUUUGUACUACUAGUGACAACCGAUCCCUUUCAUCAAACAGCCAGAGGAGUAACACACGUGAAAAGGAAACGUGUCCAGAUUGGAACACGAGUGGUAGGUGCCCAAAUGUUCAGUCCAUGGUCAUUUCUAACACUUUCUUGGUAUCGUGUGUUACCUUUAGGUAGCUUAAUGUCACGUGAUCUGAAAGACUGAGCAAAUCUUGCUGUGUCAGAUUUCAGAGCAAGUGAAAAACAAUUCUAAAAUGUUACAGAAAGUGCAGUUCAGAUCCCACAUCUAUUAUGCAGGAGAUACCGUCUGCUUUGUUACACAUACGUGAGUGGAUUUUUGAUGUCUAGUUUUUGAAGGGUUGUGAUGUAAAUGUCCUAAAAAAGUCAGUUUUUUUCUUAUACUUUGCUAGUAGAUAUGCUUAGAGAUAUGUUAAAUCUCACCUUUUUUUAGUAGAAAAGGGCUACAGGCAUGCCCAGAUGGACAUCCGGAGAAAACAAAAAGUCUACUGAGUGUCAAUAAUGCUUUUCAAAAACAGGUAGAUGUGCCAGAUUCUCAGUUGUUCCUCCUCUAAACAACUGGCUUAGACUUCUUACUUAUAGCCCCUGGUUCUCACUUUCUGUCAUCAGGUGGGGAAAAAAAUAUUCCACACUUUGUUCUGCUUUUAAACCUGGAAAAUCACUGUCCUCGUAUCGGCACAUCGACAGGGAAGAUGAUCGAGGUUUUGCUUGGGUCAGGGUGGCACAGCUGGGCCCUGAGCACGCUGUUGCACUAGAUCACAAAAGAAAAGGGAAUGUUAAUGGGAACCUCUCACCAUUUUGAUUUGGAGGAGUUUUUAAUUCUGUAGCUCCGAAGCAGGAAACCACGUUGAGUCUCUGCUGGGCCAUUGAAAUAACUGCUGGGGAACGACCGAAGGCUGCGUGGCUGUCCGUGUCUUAACUGUUGGAGCACAGUGGUUUUCAUUAGCUAUGUCGAUGCUUGGGAAUGUACCGUGGUUAACAAAUUCAGGAAGCUUUGCAGAACAGCUUUAUUUCCAGAAUCCCACCGUACAUCGUUCCUCGGCUCCCUUCUUCCAUCCCUCUGCCCGUUGGCUCCCUCUGGAGAUGGAGACUCUCUGCUUGACCUCUCCACAGAUGGUGUGUGUUGCUAGAUGUCAAAUGCAAGGAUGUAAAUCUUUUCACCCUUAACGGGUUUUUCACUGCUAUCAGUUUAACAAGUAAAAAGCCUCUGUUUUUUAAAGAAAGAUCUUAAUUAUUUUGUAUUAGCAGGUGAUGGCUCUGCCUUAGAGAUCACCACGUAUGUGACACUGCGUUCUCUUGUCAGCCAGCACAGGGUGGGUUUCAAGUCUCCUUUUAAACGAAGAAGCCAUUUUUAGAAACGCCACAAAUCUCUCAUCUGUCUUGGCCAGUGCAGUUUGUGUGGGUUCACGUUCCUUCUCUUUUUAUUCUCCUGGUCUUCACUGUUUACAAGGCUUGAGCGUGGUGGGCUCUGGAUCACCAUUACUCAGUUUUGCAUUUCUGGGCAGGGUGUGUUUUCCAGAAAAGAGAGUUGUUUGCACAGGUGACUUUUUGCAGUAAAACAGUUUUCCCAAAGUAUGUUCUCACGUCAAGUUUUAAUUUAGAUAGUGAAGUCCUUGGCUCUGCAAACUGAUUUCUUCCGGCAGACCCUGAUGUACAGAAUCCCAUCUGGUCACUGAAGUUCCAUGUGGAUGUGGAGUCCACAUAAACAGUCUACACUUUCAGACUAGUCACCUGCUUCUUGCCAGUCAUUAGUUGUUCCCCUUUCAGAUGAUUGCUUGUCCUGUAUUUUGUAGUUUGAAGCUUCCCCUUAUUAAGGAUAGAUGUAAGAUAAAAUCUUCAGAAGUGCCUAAGCCCUGUUGUUCUCCAGUGGGGUUUAAGAACAAAUUUUUAUCUAGGAAAUGAAUAAAGUAGUCUUAAAUUCUAUCUGUGUUGUGUGUAGCAGCGUCAAGAAAUGACAAGUUUACAGUUCCUGGAAGAACUGGCCGUCUCCUACAGACUCGCCCUUUGCAUUUGAAAGACUCUCCAAAGGUUGUGGCUGAAAGCUCUGGAAAAUGGAUUUGUUGUGAUCACAGCAGUCGGGUAUCUGUGAAUGCCUUAUUUUGUUUUGUGAGGUAUGACUGGAAGUGUGUGGCGCUGGUGUGUAGAAAUUCUGUGUCAAAAAUAGGUGCGGUAGAAUCCAGUUAAAGGCAUUGUGAAAUAAGUAGCUUUUACACCAAACCUUAAACAAAAGAGUAUUUUACAUCAGAAUGUAGCUGUUUGGAUGUUUGGUCAAGAUCAUAACAAGUCUGCAAGCAGGUUAUAAUGUUGAACGUUCUCUCUGUAAAUAUAUAAAUACUCUCAGCCUAAUUUUGUCAGACUAACACAUGUUGCAUGGUUUGGGGUUUUUUUGCCUCAUUGAUCAUCAGUGUUGAUUUAAAAGGUGAUGGGUUGAAAAUCAUGCUGGCACUGUACUGAGCCCUUGGAACAAAAAGCAAGAAGAACCUUUGUGCACCAAAAAUGAAGUUGACUUUGCAUAUGGCAGCAGCAAAGAAAGUGUUGGACUCUGCAGCCAAUAAACAGACCUCUAAACGACCA